GGAGUAAUGUCCAUGGUGCAUGUUUCAAGAAUAACGCUGCUUCUAACCCUGUCCAACCUGUUCUUACACGGAGAAUGCGCUUGCGAAGAGAAGAUAGUACCGUACCCCAACAAGAACAUUCUGGCAAGUGAAGAUGGGAACAUCCUUUCCAACACAACAGUGAGCACUCAGGACGAGUGCAGGGACGUGUGCUGUUCCACACUCCUGUGUGAGAUGGCCGUGUUUACUGGGAGUGUGGAGGACGAGAACUGUGUUCUCUACCACUGUGCUGUUAACUGUGAUGAAGGGGUCAAUACUGAGACUGUCCUGCUGGUGAAGAAGGCUAAGGAAGCAGUGGAAGAUUUGGAGCCAAAAGUAGAAAUAGAAACAGCAAUUCAGGUCAAGGAAGAGGAGACUGCCUCUAAAAGGUUCUACUCUCUGGUGAAGCCACAACACCCAAUAAACAGUCAACUGAGCACGUUCUGUAAGAUGUUGACUUGUAUUAGUGACCGGAAGCUGGAGAAGUGUCCCAGCCUACAGGACAUCCUCGUGGACUUCGACCGGUGGAUAUGGAAACAGGGACUUAAUCAGUCAAGAUUCAUCUUCGUACCGCACACCUACUUUGACCUACAGCACAUGUUACCACAACAGUGCAAAUCUCUGGGAUACCAUCUCCCUGCUUACUUCUUCUCUUGGAUCAACUUGGAGGAGCUCUCCAUACAGUUUGAAAAGAGACAGGUUUCCAAUAAACCGGCAAAAAAGCAGCUGACCAGGAGAAAUUCUAAAAGUGUGCUAAAUGCCUUCGGAGUACAACAGACGGGCAGACAACAUUCGGCUGUAGACAACUGCAAUAACACAGUGAGCCUGAUAAUCAGUAUGUCAGAUAAGGGGGUGGACUUUAACGCUAAAGUGUGGCACUACAGAGAGUCAGGAGACAAGGACUCUAAUGAGGACACUGAACCGCUCGACCCUGAACUGGAUCUGGACGCGGUGGAGGAGGAUAAGUUUACUGCAUUGUUUAGUCGCGCCAGCAGUCGUGCUAGCAGCAGAGUCGGCUUCUCCAGGAGUACUAGCACGAACAGCGGACGCUGCACUCCGAGCAGAAGUGGGCGCAACUCUCCCACCAAACUAUUCUCUGGUCGUACUACCCCACUCAUGCCCAUCAUGUGAAGAGAUCAAGGAUUCGGACUACUUCAAAGAACGUGAUUUAUCUGACUCACUUUGUGGAAUGUGAAUACUUUCACUUUCACUUUGUGGAAUGUGAAUAGUUUCACUUUCACUUUUACUUUGUGGAAUGGGAAUGCUGUGGGCCUGCAUUUUGGAAUAAGAGCUGAUUGAUAUGAAAAUUAAAUUUUGAACACAGUUAAUGAUUGGAACUCGAGAGAUGGCGAAAGUUUGUUUCGGCAAGUUAGAAUGAUUUUAACUAAUCAGCUUGCAGUAAAUCCCAGUAUAGCUGUCACGUGCAAAGCUGUCACGUGCAAAGCUGUCAUGCGCAAAGCUGUCACGUGCAUAGCUGUCACGUGCAUAGCUCUCAUGUGCCCAAACAUACUUUUACCAUUUCCCUAGUCUUUACCAUUACUUCGUCUAUUAUUGGACAGUUUAAACUGCUGGACUGAUUGACGGAAACACGGUGAUUAUAGUACCUUGGUGUGUUUUAAAGAACUAACAUUUCUAUUUUUAUCUAAAUAUAGUUGUAUUCUGGGUCGGCCAGAAUUUAUAGACAAUAGAGAGUUUAUUUAACUCUGUUAAAAUAUUAUGUAGCCGGAAAGGUACCCUUAUCACAGAUAGUAAAUAGUUAGAUACUGCUAAUUCUGGCCCGCCCUCUAUUUUAGUCUAGGUUUGAGUGAUUUUAUUUAUCUUUGAAUCUGAAAUUUUGGGCAAAAACUGCAAUCCAUCUUAUCAGUUAUUAUAUAUCUCAUUAUGCUCGAACAAUCAAAUCUUCAAAUUGAUGCUGGAUUCUACAUCCGUCACCUAUUCGAAAGUAACGCGGAAAAUUCUUUCGUAUUGUGUGAAUGAUAUUGUGUGACAACAUAUUUGUAGACACUUAAAGACUGAGCAGACUGCAGGAAUGCAGGAUGAUCUAACGACCACCUCCAGAAAACCAUUUCACUUUUCAUUUCUGUUAGUCUGCUGUUUAGAAGGGACAAGUUGGCCAAGCCAUCGGCCUUGAGGGUUGAUAAGAUUUUACUUUAUUAAAUCAACAUUUAUGUUAGAUAGUUGAAAAUGGUAACUAUAGUUACGUGAUUUAAACAAUCGUUUGAACUAUCGAAAGACGAUUUACCAAAAAAUAUCAUAUUAUGAUGCCUUUUUUAGUCCGAAAACAAA